AUGUCAUCCAUCACCACUACUCCACUCUCCGCGCCUCCACGGCCGUCAUCAUCCCGGAGCGUCGCCCCAAGUAUCGCACCUAGCAUCGCGCCCAGCAUCAGCGGCAGCACCUUGUGCGAUUAUCCCAUCACUACCGGCGGCAACAUUAGUGCUUUUGGAUCGCGGAAUGGGAAUUGGCCUGCGCUUCUACUAGGGGAUCUUCAGUUCACCGCCGCGGAAACGAACUUGGUGGAUGCCCACAGCUCCGCCAACUCCAACGCCGGGGCCACUUCUUCGUCCAACAACACGUACACCGGGCGGGGCUACGGUGACUAUGACCGUGACCGUCAGGAUCGUGCUGACCGUAUCAAUGACUACUUCCGGCCUUUAACCUCCACCAACACCAACACCAGCAUCACUGGUAGCAACAGCAGCAGCAGUUACUCCAACUCCGGGUCAUCCUUCUCCAACCCAGGCAUCUCAGUCACCUCCCGCACCAGAAGCCACACCUCCUCCCGAUCCGCAUCCACCGGCCGCUCCAGCACAAGCACUAACCGCCCUUACGUCGUCGGCGGCAUACAACAGCAACCCCCGGGGCCUUUCCCCAACGGCAUCGGUCUCGGCAUUGGCAUCGGCCGCUACGGUCCCGGCACCGCCGCUCACCAGGGUCAAGGGCACACCAACCUCGGCUCCUCCACCAGCAUCACCACUUGCACCUCCUCCUCCUCAUCCACCUCCUCCUCCACCCAAAAAGGCCACAAGCGGCACCCAAGCAUGGUGACCCUCGAGCAGAUCCAGACCUCCAACGCGCAUAUCGUGUCGUCUUUGCCAUCGGGCUUGGUAGCCGUCUUCGUGGGCGCCACGAGGGGCAUCGGUGAAGCGACCCUAAAACAGUUUGUGCGGUACGCGGUGGCGCCAAGGGUGUAUUUCGUUGGGAGAGAUCGGAAGGAUGGCGAACGGGUUGGCGCCGAGUUGGCGAAUAUCAACCCUGAGGAAACUAAAGAAUCCCUGUACUACCCCUCGGCAGUCACUUUCUACGCCCGCAUCCGCUUCAUCGUUAACCUCCUCCCCGAGCUCCAAAAGGCUUCUUCCCUCCGGCGUGUCGUCUCCGUCUACAACGGCACCAAAGAAGGCGCCAUUGACACGGGCGACUUCCAAUGUCGGCGUCUGGGGCUGCUCGAUGCGCGGGCCCAUUCCUCCGCCAUGAUGACGCUUGCCUUUGAGUCCCUCGCCCUAGAAGCCCCCGACGUUUCCUUCGUUCACAGCUUCCCAGGCUUGGUAAGGACGAAGCUGGGGCAGGAUACCAAGAGCGCGGGGAUUACGGUUCUCAGGGGCGUGUUUAAGGUCCUCGGACCGCUGGUCACGAUUCCGGUCGCGGAGGCGGGCGAGAGGCAGUUAUUCAUGGCUACCAGCGCGAGGUUUCCAGCGAGAGGAGGGAUGGAUGUGGAGGAGACGGCGGGGGUUAGUCUCGGGUUUGGGCUGCGCGCAGAGGACAGCACCAACGGCAACACAAACAGCAGACCCUCAAUCGAAAUCCGCAACACCGAUUCCGGCACCGUCCUUUCCGCUGUGAACAACAACAGGCAGAGCAACAACAGCAGCAAUUCAGCGCGAUCCUCGCACUCACGCAGUAACUCGUCAUCAAUGACCAUGCACCUGAAAGUCGCCAGGGGAACCGAUGGGAUAGAGGGAAGUGGAGUCUACUCCGUUAGUAACGAUGGGGAAGGACUGAGUAGCAAGACGGAGGAGACAUUGAGGGUCAUGAGGGAGGAGCAGGAUAUGGUCAGGAAGGUGUGGUUGCAUGUUGAGGAUGAGUUUGUCAGGGUCACGGGGAGUGCGUUUGUUGCGUAA